AUGACCGACUGGGGCAAGUCGAAGGUCGCCGACCUGAAAGAAGAGUGCAAAUCUCGUGGCAUCCCACUCACUGGCCUCAAACUCAAGCAACAAUACAUUGACAAAUUACAAGAGUAUGAAGGGGCACAAGAGAUUCAGAAUUCCAAUGAAUCGGAGAAUGCAAAUGUGAUAUCCCCAGAGGAAACACAGCCUACGACGCCGAAGAACGAAACCCCCGACUCUCAGCCUAGCAGAGACUCUGAAACGAAUAAAUGCACCGGUGAAUCAAAUGUUCAUGCGGACAAGUCUGUCUCAGAUCAAGGCCCUAUCUCCAGUGCGGUUGAUGAAACUCAAGAUCACGGAGCGCAAGAUCAAUCAGCAGGAUAUCUCGGCACUGAUACUCAGCAUGUGAGCGCGCAAGAGCCUAUGGAAGGAGACAAACCUGUAGAGCAGCAGAAGGAAGAGGAAGAUGUGCAAGCUGAAGAUGCGCAUUCGCCCACGGAUACAACUCCGGCGAAUGGCUAUCCUACAGACAAGAAGCCUCUGUUGAUACUAGGAUCAGAUCAGGUUCAAGUGGAUGUUGAAAGCAUCAACGCGCAAAGCCACGAAGCCCCAGGGCACUUGAACGGAGCUGGGUCAGGUGUAGAUAUUGCCACCCUUACUGAGGACCAGAAAAGGACUUCUGAAGUUACGAGUGAGCAAAGUCAAGAAGCGCUAUCAACGAUACGGUCAAAAUUCGCCCUCAUCUCUUCUGACACCAGUACACCGACCUCUUCACAGACCCCUGAGGCGGAUCUGCUGGACGAUAGAAAGAAUCGUCGAAAACGAAGUCUCACUCCUGUUCCUAUGGCUGAGGAAAUGGCGCGCAAAAAGGUGAGACUAAGCGAUGCAGCAGAGGAUGCAACCAAGGAGCCCGUUUCAUCCGAGAGGUUCGAGGCUCCUGCUCAUGGUGUUCAGGAGACCCAAGGCGGAGGCACUGAAGGGAAAACUCUUGACCUCUCCCCUCAGCACUCUGGAAAUGGGGAUAGCAGUACUGCCGUGCGCCGAAACUCUGUGAGCCCUGGAGUCGCUACCAUCAAAAUACCACCUGUCUCGCCUCCCGAGUCACGAGGCCUCUCAGAGGAGCGUGAUGUACCGGCCGCCCUACAUCCAGCGACCUGUUCACUCUACAUUCGAAAUCUGAAGCGACCAUUACAUAUUCCCACUCUUCGAAGUCACAUUGUAUCAUUAGCACAGGCACCCGAUCCUAUUACGAUUUUUUUCCUUGACAGCAUCCGAACGCACGCAUUCAUUUCAUUCACCUCUGUUGCCGCUGCAUCUCGUGUUCGCACGGCUAUGCAUGACACACGUUUUCCGGAUGAAGCUAUGCGUGAGCCGUUGUUUGUGGAUUAUAUUCCUGACGAUAAGGUCCAGCCGUGGAUCGAUGAAGAGACGGGAGGUAAUAGCUUUGGCGGACGAGCAGGAGGGAAACGAUUUGAAGUUAUCUACGACGCAGGCAGACAUGGCGAUGUCGAGGCCAUUUUCCAAGAGGUCGACACUAGAAACCCUCAACCCCCACUCCCACGACCGUCCCUGACAUCCAGAACAUCCAUCGACAUUGGAAGACCGCGACUUGAAACUCGCUCUCAGGAGGUCCACCCUGAUCGCGCAGCACUCGUCUCCAAUCCGACUCAAUAUGAUCGUCCUCCGCCUUCACGAGCCUCAGCGCAAUCUAGGCCAAACAAUAGUGGAGUCGGCUUCAAGGCACUCGAUGAUCUCUUCCCUUCAACGACUACGAAGCCAAAGCUAUACUUCAAGCCAGCUCCAGAUGAUGUGGUACAAGAUCGGAUGAACAUGCUCCGGGACCUCCGUGUAGAGUAUUCAGAGAUGGGACGCAGCGGGGAUGAAGGCAUGAAGCGCUAUAGCUUCGAGCUAUACAAAACCGGACGCGAGGAGUGGGUCGACAAAGGACCAGAGUUUGGAUUUGGAAGAAAGGGCCAGGAUCGACUCACUGGUUUCAGGGGGAGAGGUGGAGGAGGUUACCGUGGUAGGGGUGGUGAUUCGUGGAGGGGCGCGAGAUAG